AUGGCGAAGUACUCAUCCCUUGUAUUCCUCCUCCUCUUCCUAGGCUUGUCGUGCCUCUUUUCCGAUGCCGUGAGCCUCGAGCAAGAGAUGAGCCACGAGAGCUUUGCUGCAGAGCCCGAGUGGUUUUGGGGCAUCCAUCCCUUUCUCCAUCCCCGCCCCUUCCCUUUCGUCCGUUCCCACCCGUUCCCUUUCAUCCGUCACCGCCCCUUCCCUUACAUCCGUCACCGCCCAGGGUUCCCGUGGCCCCACCCACCCAUUCCCGUCGGCUGGCCGUUCCCCCAGCCUCCUACUCCCUCAGGAGGUGCACAGGUCACCGCGGGGAAGGAUGCCAAAACUAAUGCUUCCCCCGCGGCUUCAGAGCAGGAGGNCCGUGGCCCCACCCACCCAUUCCCGCCACUUGGCCGCACUGGCCGUUCCCCCAGCCGCCUACUCCUCCGGAGGUGCACAGCUCACGGCCGGGAAGGAUGCCAAAACUAA